AUGGCCUCCUCUCCGUCCACGCCCAUCAGGCGCAACGGCAGCACGCGCAAGCAGCCCCCAUCAACGAGUCCAAAGCGACGACAACCACAACCACAACACCACCACCACCCAUCCAGCUACCUCGCGUCCCUCCUCCCCACCCCGCUCGAGACGCUCCUCCUAUGCCUCUACCCCUCGACCCUCCUCCUCGGCUCCCUCUUCUCCCUCCUCGACCCCAGCGCGCGCCACGCCCCCUACGACCCCGUCACGCAGUCGCACCCGGCCGGCGCCGCGCCCAGCUACUUCGCGCGCAAGGGCAACCUCUUCAACGUCCUCUUCGUCAAGGUGGCCUGGUUCUGGGUCACGCUCGCCUUCGUGCCCUUCCUCGCGCUGCACCCCUCGACGGGGCCGGGGCCGGGGCCGUGGGCGCUGACGCCGCGGCGGCUGCGGGGCGCGCUGCGCUGGGGGCUCGUGACGCUGUGGUGGGGCGCGGUGACGCAGUGGUUCUUCGGGCCCGGGCUGGUGGACCGCGGGUUCCGGGUCACGGGCGGGGCGUGCCAGUGGGCGGGGGCGAUGGAGGGGACGGGGGGCGCGGGGGAGUUUGUGACGGGCCAGGCUUGCAAGGCGGUGGGGGGCCAGUGGAGGGGGGGGCACGAUAUCAGCGGGCAUGUGUUUAUACUGGUGUUGGGGAGUUUGUUUUUGGGGUUGGAGGUGCUGCCGGCGUUGGUGGGGGCGAAGGGGUUGCGGGAGGAGAGGAUGUUGAGGGGGAGGGAUGGGGCCGUGGUGAGGGCGGAGAGGCAGGCUUUGGGGGAAGGGGAGGGUGAGGGAGGGGAGGGGGAGUGGAAGACUGGUAUCGGGGCGCCGUUGGUCGUGGCCGGGUUGAGUUGGUGGAUGUUGCUCAUGACCGCGGCUUAUUUUCAUACCUGGUUUGAGAAGUUCACAGGACUCCUGACAGCUUUUCUAGGCGUGUUCGUCGUGUAUUUCCUCCCCCGAGCGUUGCCGGCCAUGAGGGACAUCAUAGGCAUCCCGGGUGUAUAA